AUACCUACCGCACGCUAAACAACUGGACGACACCGGUUGCAACUGAUUUUCUCGUGCGCCAAUGCAGAGCUACAGGAGAGGCGUUUUGUCGGCGCAGAGAUUUCUGCCGGCACUAAGACGUUUCAGUGAUUUAGAUCGAGGAGAGGGAUCUCUAAGAGCCGGCGGAGGAGCUUGGGCGAAGAAGGAACAGGCACAAGAGGAUCAAUAUUUUAGACGUCAAACAGCUGACCAACUGAAGCAUUUGCAUGACCAUCACGAGGAGGAGAUACAUCAUCACGAGGAAGCCAUCAAACGACACCAGGAGGCUAUAGACAGGCACAAGAAGAAGAUCACCGAACACAAAAAGCAUUCUGAAUAAGUGCAGGCAUGCUGUGCCUUUGUGUUGACUGUCGAACGUGUAGAGUUGUUCAGAGUAUGCAGCAGUUGUUGUGACUAUUGUUGCGACUAUUGUUGCAACGUCAUGUGACUGUACGGUAGUGGUCGAUGAUUUGGAGUUUGUGUAUGUGGUUGUGUUGUGUAAAGAUGUCUGAGAAUGUCGACUGAGACUGUAUUAUGUGGAAUUUCAUAGAAGCUGGAA